GCAGUGGAUUUUGGCCGGAGAGAAUGCGUUAAGAGUCAGGCAGAGGCAGCUGCAAGUUGAUUUGUAACCACUGAAACAGCUUUUAGUUUUAACUGACAGCACAAUGGCUGGACUCAAGUACAUGAGCGGUUUCGGGAACGAGUUCUCCUCUGAGGACCCUCGCUGUCCUGGAUCUUUACCUGAGGGGCAGAACAACCCUCAGGUCUGUCCCUAUGGCCUCUACGCUGAGCAGCUUUCUGGCUCUGCCUUCACCUGCCCACGGCCAGCCAAUAAGAGGAGCUGGUUGUACCGUAUUUUGCCCUCUGUCAAACACAAGCCUUUCACCCCAGUGCCCUGUGGAAAUCUAACAGAGAACUGGAAUGAGGCGGAGCCGGACCCUAACCAGCUUCGAUGGCUGCCAUUCACCAUCCCCAAAUCUACAGAGAAGAAAGUGGACUUUGCGGCUGGUCUGCAUACUGUCUGUGGUGCCGGAGAUGCCAAAUCUCGCAACGGCAUUGGCAUCCACAUAUACGCCUGCAACACCUCCAUGGUUGACAGGUGCUUCAACAACUCAGACGGAGACUUUCUGAUUGUCCCCCAGCAGGGUGAGAUCUUGAUCACCACAGAGUUUGGGAAAAUGAUGGUUGAGCCGAACGAGAUCUGUGUCAUCCAGCAAGGGAUGCGCUUCAGUGUGGAUGUGUUUGGAGAAACCAGAGGCUAUAUACUGGAAGUGUACGGAGCCAAAUUUGAACUCCCUGACCUGGGACCCAUAGGAGCCAAUGGUCUGGCCAACCCAAGAGAUUUCCUGUGUCCAGUUGCUUGGUACGAAGAUCGCAAAGUGGCCACCGGUUACACCGUCAUCAACAAGUACCAAGGAAAGCUCUUCGCCUGCCAACAGGAUUUCUCUCCUUUCAAUGUGGUGGCUUGGCACGGGAACUACACACCGUACAAAUACAACCUGAAGAACUUCAUGGUUAUCAACUGCGUGGCCUUUGACCAUGCGGAUCCAUCUAUCUUCACUGUGCUGACUGCCAAAUCCACGCGACCAGGUGUGGCCAUUGCUGACUUUGUGAUCUUCCCCCCUCGGUGGGGUGUGGCUGCCCACACCUUCCGUCCACCGUACUAUCACCGUAACUGCAUGAGUGAGUUCAUGGGUCUGAUCAAAGGCCACUAUGAAGCCAAAGAGGAAGGCUUCCAGCCAGGAGGGGCCAGCCUCCACAGCAUAAUGACCCCACAUGGCCCGGAUGCUGAAUGCUUUGAGAAGAACAGCACUGCUGAGCUCAAACCUGAGAGGGUCGCUGAGGGAACAAUGGCUUUCAUGUUUGAGUCAUCCUUCAGUAUGGCAGUGACCAAGUGGGGUCUGCAAACAUGCCAGAGACUGGACAAGAGCUACUACCAGUGCUGGGAACCUCUCCGCAGCCACUUUAAUCCCAAGUGGAAGCCCAGUAAACAGUAGUAAAACAAAGCAGA